GCCCCUCGGCGGCACCCCCUCCCCGGGCAGGCGCGGGCGGGCGGAGCCGAGCCCGCCUCAGCCGGCCGCGGCGGGAGCAGCUCGGCGCGGCGCCGCGGGCAGCGAGCUCCGCAUUCGAACCUCCCUCGCAAAGACAGUCUCCGCCCCACAAUGCACCGCGGCGGGCAGCCUUUGAAAAAGCGGCGCGGCUCGUUCAAGAUGGCGGAGCUCGACCAGUUGCCUGACGAGAGCUCUUCAGCAAAAGCCCUUGUCAGUUUAAAAGAAGGAAGUUUAUCUAACACAUGGAAUGAAAAGUACAGUUCUUUACAGAAAACACCUGUUUGGAAAGGCAGGAAUGCAGGCCCUGCUGUGGAAAUGCCUUUCAGAAAUUCAAAACGAAGUCGACUCUUUUCUGAAGAAGAUGACAGACAAAUAAAUACAAGGUCACCUAAGAGAAACCAGAGGGUUGCAAUGGUUCCACAGAAAUUUACAGCAACAAUGUCAACACCAGAUAAGAAAGCAUCACAGAAGAUUGGUUUUCGUUUACGUAACCUGCUCAAGCUUCCAAAAGCUCAUAAAUGGUGCAUAUAUGAAUGGUUCUAUUCAAAUAUAGAUAAACCGCUUUUUGAAGGUGAUAAUGACUUCUGUGUGUGUCUAAAGGAAUCUUUUCCUAAUUUGAAAACAAGAAAGUUAACAAGAGUAGAAUGGGGAAAAAUAAGAAGACUUAUGGGAAAACCACGGAGGUGUUCUUCUGCAUUUUUCGAGGAAGAAAGGUCAGCUUUAAAGCAAAAACGGGAGAAAAUAAGGCUAUUACAACAAAGAAAUGUUGCAGAUGUUUCACAAUUCAAAGAUCUCCCAGAUGAAAUUCCUUUGCCUCUGGUUAUUGGAACCAAAGUUACAGCACGAUUACGAGGUGUUCAUGAUGGUUUGUUCACUGGACAAAUAGAUGCUGUGGAUUCUUGUAAUGCUACAUAUAGAGUAACCUUUGAUAGGGCAGGCCUUGGAACCCACACCAUCCCUGACUAUGAAGUUCUUAGUAAUGAACCUCAUGAGACAAUGCCAAUUGCUGCCUUUGGACAAAAACAGCGGCCUUCUCGGUUCCUUAUGACUCCACCACGGUUGCAUUAUACUCCACCCCUCCAGUCACCAAUUACAGAUAGUGAUCCUUUAUUAGGCCAAUCACCUUGGAGAAGUAAAAUAUCUGGUUCUGACACUGAAACAUUAGGUGGUUUUCCAGUAGAAUUCCUUAUCCAAGUGACUAAAUUAUCAAAAAUUCUUAUGAUUAAAAAGGAGCAUAUCAAGAAAUUAAGAGAAAUGAACACAGAAGCAGAAAAAUUGAAAUCAUAUUCCAUGCCCAUUGGCAUUGAAUUUCAGCGGAGAUAUGCAACAAUUGUUUUAGAACUUGAACAGCUGAAUAAGGACUUAAACAAAGUAUUGCAUAAAGUUCAACAGUACUGCUAUGAGCUUGCUCCAGACCAGGGCCUGCAGCCUGCAGACCAGCCCACUGACCUGAGACGGAGGUGUGAGGAAGAGGCCCAGGAAAUUGUUCGGCAUGCCAACUCCUCAACGGGACAUCCCUGUGUUGAAAACAAAAAUCUAACAGACUUAAUCUCCAGGUUGACUGCAAUUUUAUUACAGAUUAAGUGUCUGGCAGAAGGAGGAGACCUGAAUUCUUUUGAAUUCAAAUCACUUACAGAUUCAUUAAAUGAUAUCAAGAAUACAAUAGAUGCUUCUAAUAUCAGUUGCUUCCAGAAUAAUGUAGAAAUCCAUGUUGCACAUAUUCAGAGCGGCUUGAGCCAGAUGGGAAACUUACAUGCCUUUGCAGCAAAUAACACUAACCGAGACUGAGCAGCAGGUGCAUGAGUCCGACUGCAGAGGGCGCUGGUUCGGAUAAGUCCCGUUCCUUUCAGUAGGCUUCUGACACCGAGUAAUCUCACAGCUGGCAAAGAAGGGAGACUUGAAUCUCUAGUGUCCUUUUCAUAUACUGUACUGCUUCAGCCAGCAGUGCUGUCUGCCAUCAUAUUAACUUAUCUUUUAGAUGCAGUAGCAUUGCUUAUGUUACAAAUGUUUGUUAGCAAGUAUUUUUAAAUUGAAAAACGUCUGAACAAAAUAGAAUUUCAUGGAAGAAAAACAACCAUUGUUUCAAAUGUGCAUGAAUUCAACCCAAGACAUGUAGACAACUACUGCAGUGGAGAACAUGAAGAAACAUGGUCUUUAUGUGCACCUGGUGGCAAUGUGGAAAUUCCGCCUGGAAAAUUCACUCCGGUUGGCCUAGUGGAGCACCAUCUCGGUCCUCAGAAGAUACAUCCUGAGGUGUGGAAAGUCCUAGUGUUAAGGAAGCCACUGGAAUAUAAUGGGACAUAUGAACUUUACAAGUAUAUAUGGCAUAUACUUGCAAUGUGACAUGGUUCUAUAGAUCAUUUUAUAAUAAUAUUUUAAUUUAUCAUAAUUUAUAAAAAAAACUGUUGAAAGAAAAUGAAGGAGCAGGAAAAAAACAUUACUGCAAAGUGCUAAAUUUCAGAAGUGGAUUUGGCGUGUCUUUUCCCAUUGAUUCAGGGCAAAAAGUGUUAUUGUUAUGAGAUUUAUUAAGAUGAAAAAGACUGAUAACACACUAUUUUCAUAUUUUUGUUUAUUUGCACAACUUUUAAACCAGAUUACUGGUUAAAAUCCAGCAGUAUACAAUUUAUAAGGUGAAAAGAUUUUAUAAGGAAAACAAAUGUAAUAACCAGUGCUGUGAAAUGCAGAAGAAAGGUUUGUUUUGGUUGUUUUGUUUUCUUGCAUUUUUGUUUUUCUUUUGUUUUUUUCUUUUCUUUUUUUUUAAGAAAACCCCUCUAAAAUGUUAAUCUUGUAAAAAUAUAUGUAUUUGGAAUUUUGUUUUAAUAUAGAAUAUUACAAAGUGAAAAUAUAAUAAAUUGUCCUCAGAUUUGGAGUUUUCAGAUAGAGCUAUAGCGGUGGUUUUGAUUCUUUUAGAUGUCUCAUAAAAUGAGACUUUUAUAUAUGUUAAUGUAUAAUAAAACAAGAUUCUUUUCCAUUUGAAACUUUUGUAUAGUUUAAAAAUGCUUCUGUAUUCUUUGUUGGUAUUGUGCCACAGCAAACCUUUAGUGCAGAGUUUAUAUUGAGCUAAACUGUUAUGUUAACUAAGAGAUGCAUAAAUCUUUUAUUCUUAAUAUUUGUAAUUCUAAAUAAAUUGAUCUAUG